AUGUUCGCAAAUGUCGCUUGUUCGCAAGUGUCGAUAUUCGCAAAUGUCGCUCUCAUUUCUAGAAUUAAGGCUAACCUCAAAAAUCCGAUACCCCCUAGAUACAGUCUUAAAAAUCCCACACCAUUUUUAAAUACGAUUUCCUCUGCGUCAAAGGAUUUUUACAGCAGAAGACCAACACCUAUAAGAAAAUUAUUAAAAUUUUUUAUUAAAAAUAUCGGGACUUUAAUAAACCCUUUGUUUUAUUUAUUUUCUUUUCUCUCAUUUUUUCUCUCAAAUUACUUAAACUAAUUCUUUUUUUCUUUUGUAUUUUUACCGCUUUUGUAAAUUUUCUUCUUUUUUUACUUAAUAUGUGUUUGUGAGAAUAUCACAUUUCCCUUUUUUAAAAACUUUUAUUUUUUGUUUGUUUUUCUCUGUUGGAGAUAAUAUAUUUUGUAAUCUAACAGACUUUUUGUUUUUAAUAUUUUGACCUGAAA